AUGGCCAGCGGAAGCCUGAUGACCCGCCUUUCACCUUGGCUUUCGUGGUCAGUCAAACCCUAUCAUUUGAAACGGCUCAACAAACAAACAAGAUUUUGGCAACCUCUGCAAUUGAAGAACAGUUCCAUUAUACUGCAUCUGCGCUCGCCAACAAAGGCCUCCCAAAACCCCCUGAAAGACCUGAAAACAGAUCCUGUUUUUUGGGGGAUAGCAAGCAACAACACUCUCGUGACUUGUGCCCAGCGUCCCGAAAAAUCUGCAGCUACUGCCACAAAACCAGCCAUUUCACAUACGUUUGUCAGCAGGCCUUCAGAGCCCAGCGACCCUCCGGUACCACCCCCCAAAACCCAACUCCACCGGGACCCAGCAGGAAGGCAUUCAGUAUUGGAACUGCUUUACCCUCUCAGAAAAACAACCUCGUGAUCUUCUUAGCACGGCAACUACGCCACCCUCGCUUCACCCACACCUAUCGCGGACAAAGGCCAUUUCGUCAUGCUUGAUUUAAGGAUUCUAGACUCCCCCAUCAGUAAGCAGAUUCCUUUCCAGAUAGAUUCGGCAGCUUCCUGCAAUACCUUGCCGUCCAACCACCUCACCAACAUACCUUGCGCCAAGAUUUCUCCAUCGAAGACUGUAAUACUGCCCUAUGCCAGUCCACCAACUAAGCCUAUCGGCCAUGUCACCCUUACAGCUAGCAAAGGUAGAUCCACGUGUGAUCUCACCUUCCACAUCAUCAACGCUGAACAGCCAGCCUUACUCGGUAUAAAAGCCAGCAAAACACUAGGCGUGCUAACUGUGAUUUUAUAAGAAAAUGCUCCACAAGCACCACUCAACCGUCCCCAAUGUCUAGCCUUAAUCAAGAUUCGGCUGCUGGCCCACCCCCAGCCCCUCCAAAUACUUCAGAUCGGAUUUGGCCUGAGCUUGGAACUUUAACUCUCAAGUUUAUUUCAGAGAACUGCCACUUCAUCUUUCAGAGACUUGGGUUCCUUGGCCCACUGUUGACUUUGACCUGAAGUCAAACGUCUCAAAACUGGAUUCAACCAAAGUGGCAGUGGAUACCUAUGAAGCCACCGGCCAGCUGAUGAGAGAAUCUGAACCAACCGACUAG